AUGGAGCUCGACGCGACCGCUCUGCUCGCCGCCUUUUUCGCCUACAAGGUGGUCCUGCCGCUCCUCGGCGGCUUCUACGCCCACUUCCUGCGGCCGGGCAAGGACCUGACCAAGUACGGCCAGUGGGCCGUGGUCACGGGCGCUACGGACGGCAUCGGCAAGGCGCUCUGCUUCGAGUUCGCGAAGAAGGGCCUGGACGUGUUCCUCAUCUCGCGGACGGAGUCGAAGCUCGCCGACGUCGAGGCGGAGCUGAAAGCGAAGCAUCCGACGCGCGAGUUCCGACACCUGGCCGUCGACUACGCCGGCGGCUUCGACGCCGGCAAGCAGGCCGCCGUCCGGGCGGCGCUCGCGGACCUGGACGUCGGCGUGCUCGCGAACAACGUGGGCAUGUCCUACCCCUUCACCAAGUACUACCACGAGCUCACGGACGCCGAGUGCGCGGGCCUCGUGGCGCUCAACACGGAGAGCACGCUCUUCAUGACGAAGAUCGCGCUCGGCGACGAGUCGGGCGGCAUGAUCGCGCGGAAGCGCGGCGCCAUCGUCAACACGUCGUCCGCCGCCGGCACGCAGAUCUCGCCGCUCCUCGCGGGCUACUCCGCGGCCAAGGGCGGCGUCGUCGCCUUCUCCAAGAGCCUGCACCACGAGCUCGCGCGCGAGGGCGUCGCCGUCCAGGUCCAGACGCCCCUCUGGGUCACGACGAAGCUCGCGAAGAUCCGCAAGGCGACGCUCACGGUGCCGUCGCCCGCGACCUACGCCAAGGCCGCCGUCGCGGCCAUCGGCUACGGCGCGGAGAGCUCGCCCUUCUGGGCCCACGACCUCCAGCUCGCCGUCAUGGACCUGCUCCCCACGGCCCUCGCCGUCAAGAUCGCCUCCGACAUGCACCACUCCAUCCGCAAGCGCGGCAUGAAGAAGGAGGCCGAGAAGAAGAAGUCCGGCUGA